ACGAUAUUAAAAAUCUGCUUACAAACUUGGAGCUUUUGGAUUUAGUCGUAAGCCAAGUAUGGUCAUCCAUUGUAUCAAAAUAUAAUGAAGGUGGUGAUAUAUCUGAUCUACUAGCAGAAUAUGCAAAAGAAUCACAAAAGCGAGAAGGCCACAUUAACAAUGUCAUCAACAUGUUUAAAGAGGAAAUUGAGAAAUUGAAGCACAAUGUUCCUGAUAAUACAUUGUCGGAUAAACAAAAGCACAUGAUAAAAUUAGAAAUGAAAGUAUUUGAAGACAUUUGUGAUACUGGUAUUCGUGGCUCUUCUGUACUGAAUGUGUCUGACACCAUUGAUGCAUCACUUUUUAAAGAUACUUGCAGGCAGUGA